CCCCGUCUCUUCCGCCGCGGGUUGCAGAAAGUCAGAAACCAGUAGCGAGCAAAGGGGCGGUUGCUGACGAUGAUCACGAGGAGUGCUCGUCAGACCUUCAAGUUUCCCGUCAAGGCCGCAAAAUCCUCUCUCUACCUAAUCACGGCAGCCGGCGCUGCCACUAUCGCCUCCCAAAACCUAGGUCCUCCUCUUUUUCCCAUUUCCUUGUCCGACGACUCUACGCCGCUCACUUCCUCAUCUUUUUCCGACUCGGUCAGGGCUGGGCUCGGCGGCAUCGCCCGGUCAUCCCGCGCUAUCUGGACGAUUGCUUCGUCGGUUGUUGAUUACAAAUAUUCCUUGCACGGACUGUCUCAGGAUUCGGAGGAGUAUAGGCGCGUACUGUCUGAGGUUAAUCUUCGUUCAGCCAAGAGAAUUUUACAAUUAUGCGAAGCCAACAAAGGUUUCUAUGUGAAAGCUGGUCAGUUUGUUACAGCUCUCCAGCGGAUUCCCAAAGAAUACUCGGCAACUCUUUCAUCCUUACAGGACCAGGCACUUCCUUGUCCUUUCAAAGCUAUAAAAGAAGUAGUAACCAGGAAUUUGGGGCCAGAUUUAUCAGAGAUGUUUCUGUCAUUUGAUGAGCAUCCAAUUGCCGCUGCUUCUAUUGCACAAGUACACCGUGCUGUACUGAGAGACCAUCAAGAAGUAGCAGUUAAGGUACAAUAUCCUGGGUUAAAGCAGCAGCUGAAAGUAGAUGUUGCAACCAUGUCUUUCCUCUCCAAAUCUGUUGCAUGGUUUUUUCCUGAAUACAGGUUUGGGUGGUUGGUCUCAGAAUUUGCAGAAGCUAUUGCUUUAGAACUUGAUUUCUGUCGUGAAGCAAGAAAUGCAGAGAAAACAGCCAAAAACUUUAAAAGCAACAUGGUGAUCAGGAUUCCUUAUGUUUUCUGGGAGUUAACAACAAGCCAGGUUUUGACAAUGGAAUUUUGUAAGGGAUCCAAGGUUGAUGAUUUGGAACACAUGAGAGAAAUGGGGAUAAACCCGAUAAAGGUUGCGAAGGCAGUGAUGGAAGUGUUUGCUGAAAUGAUUUUUGUGCAUGGUUUUCUGCAUGGGGACCCACAUCCUGGCAAUAUAUUGGUUUCUCCAGAAGGGCCACAUGGCUUUUGUUUAGUUCUUCUAGAUCAUGGGAUUUACAAGGAGUUGGAUCAAGGAUUCAGACAGGAUUAUUGUGAACUAUGGAAAGCGAUGAUUCUUCUGGACUCAAAUAAAAUACUGCAGUUAGGUGAAAAUUUUGGUGUGGGGAAGUACUCUAGAUACUUUCCCCUCAUAUUCACAGGAAGAACAAUUGGCAGCAAAUCCAAUCUUGGAAGAGGAAUGUCAGCUGAAGAGAAACAGAAUCUGAAGCAGGAGUUGAAGUCCUUAAAGAUGGAAGAUAUUUCUUCAUUUAUGGAGUCUCUGCCACCUGACUUUCUAACAAUAUUACGGACCGAUGGACUACUGAGGUCUUUACUUAGCAAGUUAGGGGCUUCACAGCGAGUCCGGCUGCUGGCCUAUGCCAAGUAUGCAUUAUAUGGACUUUCUCACAAUUCAAAUCCUGAAUCUGAUAAUAAGGUGAUGAUGGUGGUCUCCAGAUCAAGAGUGAGCUUAAGUUACUUUCGGUUGAGAUUUUUUCUCGAGGUUCUGGAUGUCCUUUCUUUGACUGAGCAAGUCAUACGUUCAUUCGUCAAGAGGUUUAAACAGGCUCUCUUGUCAGCAGGUUAUUUGGUUGGAAACUUGUUACCCGUACCUACCUACCGCUAAGCCCCGGAAUUAGUGGGGAUUACCAACAAAGACCAUUAUUUGUUUACAUUACGUCAUGUUUGUUCUGUUAUUCAACUCGUAUAUUUCACAAAAUGAUAAAACAAUCACCAGAUUUAUGUUACUUAACACGCUUGAGAAAAAGAAAGAAAAAGUUGUGGGCAUGAAAAAAUGGCUGCGGACCCGGUUAUGCAUGAGAAACUAGCCGGACGGUGCAAGUUAAAAGGUGCCAAUGCAACGCACCAGCCAAUGCUAACGAGGCAGAGAUUUAC